ACACAUUUUGACAAUUCAAAUUCAGUCCAAUAGAAUGUUCUAACAAAAAACACGAUUUUUUGAAUAUUUUAUCUUUGGCGGAUUUUGCAACCAAAACAAAAGUUCUAGGCUCUAGUAAUAACUAGUAUGGAAUCAUCAAUGUUGCGAUUGGAGGAAAUCAUGACGGACAGUGAUACAAAUAGUGCGGAAAAUAUGAUCGGCGAUAAGUUUCAUAGCAGAAUAGAUACAGUAGUGAUACGAUCAAUGGUUGACUGGAAGCGCAAUUUUCAACUACAUAAUGAGAGACCAAUUACGAAGGAUGCCAAUGGUUCCAUUAGAUGUGCCGUCUGCUUGAAACAAUUCAAAUAUAAGAGUCACAUCCGGAAACAUAUGAGAGACAAGCACUACAAAUCGUUUGAAUGCGACAUCUGCCACGAGCUAUUUUCCACUCUUUCGACAAUGAGAACACAUAUGAUGAAAAUUCACGUUGCGUCUAUGAGACAGAAGCGCAAUAAUUCCAAUCCGAAAACAUUUGCGUGCCAAGUUUGCAAACAGUCGUUUUCGCAAUCUAUGACUUUAAAAGCCCAUGAGCGUACAGAGCACCGAGACAUUUGUUAUCCACAUAAGUGCGACGACUGCGGGCAGAGAUUUAAUCUCGAGAGUGCAUUUGUUGAACAUAAGGAUCGAGUUCAUAUUUAUAAGCCCGAAUUCAGUGACGUGCGGCCAGAGACUUUGGAAGAUUUAGAAAAACACUCGGAACUUUAUUCGGAAAAGCUAUACCAGUGCCACGAAUGUUCUGCAUCUUUCAGAAGCAGUAAAUUGAAAGAACAUAUGCGAAGACACAGCGACAGAACCUUUGAAUGUGAAAUGUGCGACCGGGAUUUCAAAUACCGACAAAGUUUGAAGGUUCACAUCGAAUCUCAUCACAUGGGUAAACGGUUCAAGUGCAUUGUUUGUGGCAUCGAAUUUACGCAGAAGUCAAAUCUUAGGAGCCACCUGAAAAUUCACAGUGGCAACAAAUCUUUCAGCUGCGAUAUUUGUUCUGCUAACUUCUUUUGGAAAAGUGGCUUGGUAAGACAUUUGAGAACACACAACACUGGUGAGAGACCGUACAAAUGCGAUAUUUGUGCAGCUACGUUUAUAGAUUCGUCACGCUUAACACGUCACAAGAGUACGCACAGCGAAGAUCGACCCUACAAAUGUCUACUUUGUUUCGCCGGUUUCAAAACCCUCGCUUACGUCAAAGACCACAUGCGCAUCCACUCCAACGAGCGCUUAUACAAAUGCGACCAAUGUUCGGCAAGCUUCAAUCAAAAGAGCGUAUUGAACUGCCAUUUAAAAACUCAUUCAGAUCAAGUACGAUCUUACCAAUGUACAGAGUGCACAGCUGCUUUCGCUAUCAAGAAGUCUUUAGCUCGCCAUAUCCUUUCACAUUCCAAUGAGAAGCCUUUCGAAUGCGAUGUAUGUUUGGCUAGAUUUAAACGGUCGGAUAAGAUGAAGGAGCAUAUGCGUACGCACGACGACGACAUAUAUCACGAAUGUGAAAUUUGCUCCGUGAAAUUCAAACACUUUAAAUCGUUGAAGUCUCACAUGCAACGAAUUCAUAAACAGAGCAUCGACAGAAAUGGAUCAUUGAAGACGAUGUUACCAUUUUUAUCAAGUGUAAUCGAAGUUUAAAU